UUGAAUUAUCUGUUGCGAGAAACGUGAUUCAAGUUUUCGAGUAUUGAUUAUUUCUAAGAAAUAUCGAUCGGUCGUGUGAAUCUCCUUUUUGUUUUUUCAGACAAUCGUUGAAGAUUGUUUAUUACUUUUUGAGAAGAAAAACGAAAGUUUGCGAGUAACAUCCUGCCUGAAAUUUGGUUCCAGCUUUGGAAUAUCGACUAUUUCUAUCGAAUAUCGAUUAUUUAUGAGUAUUUCCUUGUAUCUUGUGCUUUAUAUAUCAGAGGACAUUUUGAAAUUAUCUUUAAGAAGGAGGACAGGAGACUGCGGGUAAUAUCCUGCUUCGAAAUUAAUUUAAACUUUGGGAUAUUGACUGUUUCUACUAAAUGUUCAUUGACUACGUGUAUUUUUCUACUUGGUAAUGGAACGAUCGUAGGAAACAUCUUUGAACUAUUUUCUAAAGAAGGAACGUCAGAGUUUAAAACUAAUAACUUGCUUGAAGUUUGAUUCAAGCUUUUGAAAUGGCUUAGAUCGAAUUAUUCGUUGAAACGUCCUGAACUUAUCGGUAAAGCUCCUUCGCGUUCUGAAGUCCGACGAAACAUUUCGUCAAUCUGAGACGGAGAAGAGAUGCUGGUUAAUUAAAUUAGAGAUAAGUAACUGUCGUUUUUCAGCAAUGGAUUGUAGCGAGGAAGAGGUAUAAUCUUACUUUUACGUGUUCAAUUUUCACUUACUCGACGUUGCUUCUUUUAGUUGACGAAAAUCAAUGUCUUCCGAUUAAACAUUCUAAUCCCACUGAUGGAGAUCUUGGACGUGUACGCGUCGUUUAAACAAGAAUUAAGUCCAGAUGAGUUUUGCAUUCGUUUGUUUGUUAACGAAGGCUCGAGAGAGAAAUGUAAACUCUAUCACGAUCCUGUUAUAGAACGUUUCAGGAAUAUCGAAGAACUUAAGGCUUUGUCAGUUUCGUUGCAAAAUGUAAUCAUCGAUUUAUUCAUGAAUAUCGUUCGUUACACGGCUUUCUUGGAAUCAAUAAGUAAAGAUUAUCUGGAUAAACAGAACUGUCGCAAUUACAACGAUUUGCCUCAGAUCAUAGUGUUUGUGUACAUCUUAUCAUACAGAAUAUGCAGCUUGUUUUUCGAAGAUUCGAUCGAUUGCUUCGUUCGCUUUAAAGUAAAGAAAAUGUUGUCCCUCGUUGCGUAUCUUCUUCGCACGGAAACUCCCAAUCUUUUCCAUGAGAAGGGUUGCCUGACGUUCGACGAAGAUUUCGUGGAGGGAAACCUGGUUCUGCCAUUUUUAGAGGCAACGCCGUGUUUAGAGAAACUUCAGGAGCAUUUAAAGCAGCACAUACAAAAUACGAAGAUUCCUAAAAAGGAAUUGACUACUCCUGUGUUUAUGAACGUUUUAAAUCGACCAAGAAUGCGUUUUAAAGUGCCACCCGGUACACCUGAAGACCUGUCGGCGAUGAAGUUCACGCGUCAAAUUCCAAAGACGAAUUACCUUAAACCGUCAACGGAGAGAAAAUUGGAGCUUUUGAGUGCAACUAACAAGAUAAAUGCUAUGAGAUUGUUGAAGGACGCGAAUGAGAAUGCACCAAGUUGCUUCUAUCGGCGUAAAGAUUCAGACAACUCGGUAGAGAAAGAGAAACCAAAGGCAACUUUCGUGGGAAAAUCGGUUCCGAAAUUUAAGCCAGUCGAAGUAAAACAGACAGCAGCUUCGACAUUAAGAGAAUGCGCGCGUGUGAUCAACAUGGAAGAGAAAGAAAUAAAAAGAUUGAAAGCAUUAGCUGAAGGAGGUACCGAUCCAGCUUCGAUACUGAAAUUCCAAGAAGAAAGACGUCAGCAACAAAAAGAGGAAGAGUUAUUAAAGAUACAAGAGAAACAUCUAUUGGCUUUGUUAACCCGUGAGAAUGCUUUCAUUGCGAAACAAUCGCUGUUGAACGAUGUGAAAGCGCACGCAGAAAGCGUUCGAAAGGAGAAGCAAGAACUUUACGACAAGUUAGAGAAAUGGAGAGAGAAUCACAACAGGGAGAUGACGGAAAUCGUUGAAAAGUGCCGCGAAGUUGAACAAGCCUCUCGUGAAGCUUUUAAUGCCAUGGUCGACGAGAAGAGGCAGAAAGCCGCAGAGGUGACCGAAGAAUCGCGGCAAUUGAAAGCCCAGUUGGUCAAGCAGAGAGAGAAAGAAACUCGCAGGAAAAUUAAAUUGAUCCAAGAAAUUAAGACGCUUCAAUCUUUACGAGCAUUGCCAUCGAUCAAGGAUUUCGAUCCAACAGAAUCAAGCGGUUUAGGUCUUCUUUGUGAAAUGUCCUUGGCGGAGUUGAAAGAGAGAUUAUUUUGGACCAAGAUGAAAUUGGACGAGGAAACAAAGGAGAGAAAAUCUGUUAUCUAUCGAGAACGCGAAAGGCAGAAAAACUUGAUCAACGAAACGAGAAAAGCGCUCGAAGAAUAUAAAGCGAGCAAGUUAGUUGUAAAACUAUUACAUAUCGUUAAUUAUUUGCGGCGUGCUGUUUUUCCGACGAAAUCACGGCAACGAUUACAGCCUGUUAGCUCACCGGAGAUCGACGCGUUGCGAAAGAAACUGGAAGAACAGAAAGCACUAAGGUUGCAGAAAGGAACGGUAUCUAUUUCGAAAUAAACGUAUCAAAGAUUUUAUCUGUUCAGAUAGAACGUUUCAAAUCCGAUGAAUUAUUUAGAAUUUAUCUACUAAUCUACUUAUCUACUAAUUCCGUAGUCACUGUGUAAUAAUAUGAUAAAGCAGAAAUGUUUUCCGAAAUUAAUAGUGUAUUACGAUUGUUGCGAAACAAAUGUUUAAUGAUAAAGCCUGUUUGCGAAUUCGUAAUUAAAAAUUCACAAGUUAUUUUUGGGAGACCAAGAAAUUGUGAAAAUAAUCAGGAUAAAAUAAGUAAAUAAAAGUGAUAUGACUAAUUUAAAUACUAAUAUUUAAAUCUUUGACUCUUGCUGAUAGAGAUUAAAAUGGGAAAUUAUGUAAAUAUUAUACAACAACAGCAGAGUAAUGUUUAGAAGGCAACAAUUACGUAACAGAAACGUCGAUAGAAACGUUUAUGUUACCCAUUUAUAUAUACAUAACUUUUUAAAAAUUCCACGAUAUGAAUAUUAAGGAAGACUUAAUUGAUUUAUUGACUAUUUUGGUAAAAUUGCAGACGCGUUUUUCUUUCUAUCUUUCGCUGUAGAUUCUAGAUGUAAUAUAAGAACGCAGAUUAAAUCGUUUGAAUAGAUAGAUUUACGAUUAUUUUUUAUGUAGUAUAGCAUAUUUAGUAUUCCACGAAUAAUACAAAAUUUCAUAUUUUUCAGUAAGAUGAUACCUCUAAUAAUAUGACACGAACUGAAAAACGAACAAUUGUUAUAAGGUAGAAACUCAUCGUGUUUAUUAUCUUGCACAACUCAGCUUGAAAUAGACCAAUAUUAAAUACAUAUGACGUCGCGCUUGUUACAUUAUUACAUUUCUUCAUUGUAUAAAUCUUUCUACACGUACACGAAUAUUUAUAUAAUAAGGAAUAAUAGUUAUUAGUAAUAGUAAUUUAGUAGUAAUCGAAAUAUGAAGAUAUGUUCGACCGUUCGCGGAGAGACGCGGUCGCGGUAUAGCGUGCCAACGAGAGUCGUAAAUUCUUGUUACGAUACGAUAAUUGACGCCACAAAUCAGCCGAUCUCUUAUUUCGGUUAAGAUAAUAGAGGUGGUUGAAAUGAUUGUAACACUGAGUUAACGGAUUAAAAAGACAUUUUAUUUCCAACGACUUUAAGGAUUUAAGUAUAUACGCGUGGUCCAUGUAGACGUGUUCUCGACGAAGAGAAGUUAAGAUGUCGACUGAUUGAAGAUUGACUAGUAAGCGAGUUUCGGUAACAGUGAUGACGAAGAAGAAGGCUAUUGAUGGGUGUGUCUAGACGGGACCAUCGGAUUCGUUGAUAGCAAUCUUGGUUAGGAAAAUGAGGGCAACAGUCAUCGCUGCUAAUCUGAUGAGAAAAAUGGUUGAUGAGUAAGGUAGGAUAAAUAAGGAUGAGUGCUGGUCAUCCCCGAUCAAAGUCUCUUAUGGAUGGCAUUGUACAUUGGAGAAACUCCUUUUCUUGUGUUUUCCCGAAAUGAAUAACAUCGCUAAGGAACACUUCAACUUAAAACAUACUUUUUAUCUUAUGCAUAAACAAUUAAUUUAUAAUAUGCUUGAUACAAAAUAUUCUUUCAACAAUAUCAAUCGUAUGUAAGUCGUUCCGUUAGAAAAAUUUACUAAAUGUCCAGCUGGACAAAUUGUAAAGUACAAAUUAAAUAAUAAAAAAAAGUCGUCCCAGAUUUCUCGAGCCAAACCUUGUUUAUACGUUCUAUAAGUCAAGGCAAAAUAGAAAUAUCAUAAAAAGAUACAUGUGUCAUUGGAAACAUCGAUAAAGAAAUAUAGCAGGCAAUUGAUGUACGAAAUAUAGAUUACGAUGCAAGCUUACGAUGCAACGAACGUGAGAGUCUAUGAUACAGGAUAUAAAUAGAUUGGAAACAUUUACAUUUUUUCCAAGACUAGAGAUUGAAGAGACGCGGCAAGAGAAUGAAUCUGAUACUUUUUGAAGUUCUUGUUUAUUACUCGUUUGGGUCGAACCUGCCUCGCUGAAGAUAACGAGACACAGUCUCGUUAGUAACUUAUAAAAAUACAAGAAUAAAGAAAAAAGGAGAAAUGUGAAAUGCUUUCUAUAUACAGACAGAAGGAACGUGUGCAAGCAAUAAGAACGUAGACAAGAUACGAGACGGAAAAAUUAUCAUUACGUAAUCAAGGACAUACACGAAUUUCAAAU